ACUGUAACAAGACAAUUUAAACAAGGUUAGGUAGCAUACGACCUUAAAAAAAAAUAGCAUCCCACUAACCCGCAUGGAGUCCACGGUGCCAUGGUUCGUGCCACGAAUCACUGGGGUGGUUUGGGCUUUCUUAGUAUGGAAACGAAUCGGCAAAAUAAAGUGGUAAGAUAAACUUAUCGAUGUAAGUGACAUUAAUAAAUAAGGGUUUUAUUUGUUAAGUAUUGAAAGUUUAACCAGAAUUCCUUAAAAGGCAAUUAUUCCUUCCCCGCACUGCUCCUGUAGCUUAAUUUAAGGAUUCUAUUGAUGCAAAACCCUGGUUGUUGAUGCCAAAGAAUGGAGGGUGGAGGAAGGGUCUGCUGCUUUUCUUGGAUACAAAUUUGCAUUUCUUCAAACAUUAAACAGAUGUAUGCAUUCCCUUGAGCUUUCACAUAUAUCAUAACCUGCCUUCAGGAAAAUAUGUACCAUAUGAGGUGACUGUGUUUAUCUUUAAUAUAUUGAAUCUAAAUAUAUACUGAGUCAACUAUUUGGGUGAGAGAAUGUGGUGAGGUGUGCCCCCCCCCCAAGCAAAGUACAUAAAUAUAUAUAGCUCCAUUAUUUUAAGUGUACUGAGGAUUUUCUUUUUCAAAGACACCCUUAAAAAACCGCUUCUAGCUACAAGGAAGGAAUCUUCUGGGCAGUUUUGGGGUUAGAAAGAGGGCAAUAUUUAAAAAAUUAGACAUUGCUUUUAAGAUUAUAGCAGAGUAGACAAUGUCAGCCAGUCUUUGCUGCCUGGACUGACAUUUAAAAAAUUAAAUUCAGUGGCUACAGUUUUUUCUUCUGUUUACUAGAUUUCAUGCUCGAAUGCAUAUCAUUAUUUUCUCUUCCUUUAAAAUUAACACUGAAAGGAUAUGUUUUUGUUUUGCCCCUCCCCCCCAAUUUAAUUGCUUCACUUGAAAAAAAAGGAAAAGAGCAAAUGAGAGAUGGAGAUUGUAACGUUGUAAUUGAUACCAAUUUAUUCAGCUAUUUACGCCUUACAGUGAAAAUGAAGUGCUAUUCAGAUGCAAUUUUAGUCCAAAAUGGUGGUUCUUUAAAAUGAUAAAUAAAGGUCCUAAUCGUGUUCCAUGUAUGUUCUCUGGGCAGCAUAUAUCUUCUUUGUGGUAUAAUCUGAGGUGUUUAAAAGCACUGUAUUCUGAGAUAUUCUUCUCCCCUUUUGAGCUUUUGGACUCCUAAAUCUCACUCUAACGCAUUAAGAAAAUCAUCACCGAAAAAUUAAGUUGGGGCAUUUGUGUCUUGGGUGUUAAUAUUUUGAAUAAUUUAGAUGUGGAAAUUUUGGUCUCGUGCAUAUAAUUUGGGGUCUUGUGAUGAAUAUUUAUGAUGAACAUGACUAAAUUCAGGGUUACGUUAGGAAAGCAGUUCCUCCCUGCCAUAGAAUUUCUUUUUUUGCAAGGUCUCCAAAAUAUAUCUGCCAAUUUAAGAAACCUUUAUUGGGCACCUGCUUUUUUGCACUCUGUUGAAUAAGAAUAGUAGGUGAAAUUAUACGCGCCUUUUAAAUUUUUACUAGGAAGAGAGCCUGUAGGCAAUACGUUGUUACUACUAAUAGAUGUUUAUCUUCUAGGUUGAAGUUGGGCGAAGAUUAGACCCCUUUUUAGAAAGGUGUUCCUGAACACCACUGACAACACGGUUCUGACAGUAUUUCAUGACUUGAGGGGGCCUGAGCAUGUUGAAGAAAGAGUGAAGCAGCUGGUCGGGGAGGAUGGAAGAGCCAUUAGAGAUGGAUGGCGACAGUGCUACCACAGAUGCUUCUCAGCUCGGCAUCUCCGCGGACUACAUCGGAGGAAGCCACUAUGUCAUACAGCCUCAUGAUGAUACUGAGGACAGCAUGAACGAUCAUGAAGACACAAAUGGUUCAAAAGAAAGUUUCAGAGAACAAGAUAUCUAUCUUCCAAUUGCAAAUGUAGCAAGGAUAAUGAAAAAUGCCAUACCUCAAACAGGAAAGAUUGCAAAAGAUGCCAAAGAAUGUGUUCAAGAAUGUGUAAGUGAGUUCAUCAGCUUUAUAACAUCUGAAGCAAGUGAAAGAUGCCAUCAAGAGAAACGGAAGACAAUCAACGGAGAAGAUAUUCUCUUUGCCAUGUCGACCUUAGGCUUUGACAGUUACGUAGAACCCCUAAAACUAUACCUUCAGAAAUUCAGAGAGGCUAUGAAAGGAGAAAAAGGAAUUGGUGGAACAGUCACAGCUACAGAUGGACUAAGUGAAGAACUUACAGAGGAAGCAUUUACGAACCAGUUACCAGCUGGCUUAAUAACUGCAGAUGGUCAGCAACAAAAUGUUAUGGUUUAUACGACGUCGUAUCAACAGAUUUCUGGUGUGCAACAAAUUCAGUUUUCAUGAUCUGAAGAAAUGGUGGCAUGGGGAGUGGAGAGAAGCAAAAGAGUCUGUACGAUUCUGGAAACAGAGACAUUAGAAGGAAGUGACUGGAGAAAAGAUGUCUCUUUGUAUAUUAAAUAGCUGUAAUGUAGCUUCCUGAUGCUUGACUAAUUGAGGUGUUAAUUCUGACUUGAGAAUCUUUUUCAUGAAUGAUUUUAAAGAAAAAUUUGGAUUUUAAAGGUAUUAAAAUAUUUUUGUUUUGUACGAGAGUUUGUUGCUCUGUAUGACUCCUGUAUGCAUUGUAUAUUGCAAUUUAUUACUGUCAGAGAUUUGUAGACAGUUUCUUAUUUUCAUAUUGAAUCAUGUUACUUUUGUAAUUCAAGUAAGCAGCUGGGUUAAUUCAUGAUGUUUGCCCUUUUAAUAAAAUUUAAGGGUAGAGUUCAUUUUGAAUGCAAGUUGCCUUUAUUAUAAAUUUGAGUUUGUCUUGGUUAUAUAAUAUCUUGCAUGGUAACCUAGCUAGAUUUUUAGCAUUUGCCAUAUUUAUUAAAAUUAAUUUUUUGUAAAACAUUCAUAGCUUAAGCAGCACCAUUUUUUAAAAAUGUAAUUGACAAAUUAAGUGUGAAUGCAGAAGCAAACAUUGUCUGCCCUAUUAAACUUGGUGCCCAUUAACAGUGUUUACACUGUUCAUUGUGCCUGUUAAGAUAGUUUUAGUUUAUUGGAACUUUUGUUAAGACCAGAUUUAUUUCUGAGUUACAUAGUGAGUGUUGGAAUUCAUUUAAGUUUAAUGUAGUCCUAAUGCUGUUGAAAUGGUGCCCUUUUCAUUUUUAUAUGAUUUUUCCAAAGCAUAUCUUCAAAUACUAUAGUAUCCUCUUCCAGAAGAGGAAUUUUAUAGUCUGAUGGUAAAUGUCCUCGUUUUACCUUUUUAAUUGAAGUGUCAAGCUUCCUAAUUAUACUGUGGGAACCAGGAAACGUCAGACAUCAUUGUGUGUAUACAGACCUUUCUCUGCAUGGGUGAGUGAAUGCAGUGGAGAAGAGAGUGAGUGCUACGAAUGGUGUGAAACAGAAGCCCCAACUUCUAGUGCGCUGUCUUGAUCUUUGCAAUAAACUAAACUUAGAUAAUGUAACUUUGUAUAAUUUAGUAGUAUGUACUUGGGUUGUUCCUUUUUUAAAAUGAAGAUUUGUAUUUUCUCAUCUGUUCUUUUUGGUGGUAAUUAACCUGAAUGUUUUGGGGUUUUUUAAAUAUCAACAAUUGCUAUUGUAUAGUUUGCCUAAAAGAAAAUUUAAAUGUCAUCUUGGAAGGAUGCUCAAAUUUAUAAACAGAAGCCUUUUGUAGAUACAGGCUGAACAGAAAUAUGUUACCUUGCCAGAAGGAGACCUUGGGGGCACAUCUGGGAUAAUCUGAGGUUAGUAACUCCCUCACUACCUUCCCAUUUAAAAAAUAAUCUUCAUUACAGAAAAUUCAGAUAGGCAAGAAAAGGGGCGGGGCGUUAAGCAAAAUCAACUAUCAUCCUACCAUGUUGAAAUAACCAAUGUUAAUAUUUUGGUAAAUUCAUUUGUCCUUUUACUUUGCUAAAUAUGUAUAUUUUUAUAAAAAUGGGCUCAUACUUGCAUACUGUUUUGUAACCUGCUUUUUUCACUUAACAAUAUAUUGUAAACAUCUUUCCCAGGUCAUUACAUAGUCUUUUAUUUUUAUUCAUUAUUCUGUUGUAUGGCUGAACCAUAAUUUAUUUAAUCCUCUAUUGGACAUUUUGACUAUAUGCAUCUUUUCACAGUUAUAAACUACACUUCACUGAA